AUGGCGCGCACUGGGGAGGGCUUGCAUGUGCACGCCGCGCUACGCGCGGAUGGUUGUUCGGCAAGCAUCAGUUGCUCCUUUCGCCGACCGAUUAUCCAGGCUUUACGCGCGCACCGAGGCUAUUUUGAUCGAACGUGCCGUGCAUGGGUCGUGCCAUUGGCUCAAUAUCGUGCGCUGCUGAUACAAUUUGAGCGCCUCGACUUGGGACCAGAACGCCUGAUGAUCAAGGCCAUUCCUGACGUGGUUCUUCGCCUGACGGAGCAUCCUGAUUGGCAGAGGCAAGCCACUCAGCACCAAAGCUUUUCAGCCACCGAGCUCCUGGCCAUCACGGGAACACGGCUUCCCCGUCGCCUCGUUCACAAGAUGAUGCCGUAUCAGCGUGCGGGCGUGGCCUGCGCCAUCGAACGGGGUGGCCGUGUCCUGUGGAGUGAUGAAAUGGGCCUGGGAAAGACCGUCAGCAGCCUCGCAACGGCAGCCUAUUAUCAAGCAGAGUGGCCCCUGUUGGUGGUCUGCCCUUCCAGUCUCAAGCUAACCUGGCACCACGAAAUUUGCAAGUGGUUGCAAAUCGACGAGAGUGCCAUCGGGGUGGUGUCGAGUAAGAAGAGCCCCAUGAACAAGCUGGUCACAAUUCUUUCCUAUGACCUUGCUCGCAACCUUCAUGAGCACUUGACCAGUGCCGACUUUCAGGUAAUCAUUGCCGACGAAUCUCAUUAUUUGAAAAACGGCAAAGCUGCGCGCACCAAAGCCCUGAUGCCUUUACUGCACAAGGCCAAGCGAGUGUUGCUUCUAUCCGGAACGCCGGCGCUGUCACGCCCCAUAGAACUAUACCAACAGUUGCAUGCGCUAGCACCGCGACUCUUUCGCAGCGAAGUGGCUUUUGGCAUCCGCUACUGCAACUCACAGCUCACCGCCUUUGGUUGGCGUCAUGACGGCAGCUGCAACCAGGAUGAACUACAUUGCGUUCUAGAGCGCUUGGUGAUGAUCCGUCGCGUUAAGGCAGCUGUCCUCACUGACCUCCCACCAAAGACCAGACAGGAGGUGUAUGUGCAGGCAGACCCGGCACCACUACGGGCGCUUAAAGCCAUCAUGCAGAAGCGAAAAGCCCUAGAGCGCCAGCUUGCGAGUUUGCACGGGUCCCAGCGCGCUCAAGGUGAACGGGCCCUGCAAGCCCUCACCACCGAGGCCUACGGCCUUACCGGUGAGGCCAAGAUAAAAGGCUGUCUUCGGUACCUCGAAGAUCUCAUGAACCAUGACGGCAAGUUGCUCAUCUUUGCCCAUCACAAAACCUUGCUGGACGAGCUGGCUACGUUUUUAUGCCAGCGCCAGCUGCGCCACAUCCGCAUUGAUGGGUCGACGCCCACCCACUUGCGUCAGCAGCUGUGCAAUUCGUUUCAGGACGAUGUCCUAUGCCGCGUGGCAGUGCUCAGCAUCACGACGGCGGGCACAGGACUCACGCUUCAUGCUGCCAACACGGUUGUCUUUGCCGAGCUCUAUUGGAACCCCGGUCACCUCUACCAGGCCGAAGAUCGUGCUCACCGAGUUGGUCAGCGCCACAAUGUGAACGUGCGCUACCUUCUCUGCCCGGGCACGUUAGACGACGUGAUGUGGUCGCAGCUCCAACGCAAGGCAAAAAUUGUCCAACGUGCCAUGGCCGGUGCCUCCACCACACAGCCCAAACCUGAAGAACCUUCAAACAAGCGAGCACACACAAACCAAGCUCACGGCAACAAGCCACGGUCCCAACCCGAUGACGACCGGUGCAAUGAACAGCACGAUCACUUGGACCUGGCCGAGCAGCCUGAUGUGCUCGUGGUGGAUGAGGACAGCGGUGACAAGGAGAACGAGGCGAGUCCACCACGACACCGUCAAGAGCCCGUGACUGAGGCUCAGGAGGCCCCAAGGAGCUUCGAGGAUUUUGAUGAUUGGACGGACGCGGUGGCCGUGGCUGAGGCGGUUGAGCAACGAGUGGGCCUACCCAAUCCCGCCAGGAAGCUGACUCAAUCAAGUCCCCCAGCGGCUGUCGAGGCGUCUGAGUUCCAGAUACAGGCGGUGUGUCCCCUGUGCACGCAAAGCGUGCUGGCUGCGCAGCUGCCUUUGCAUGUGCAAAGUUGCGAGGACGUGGCUUGGCUGGAACAGUAA